GUACACCUCAGUCGCAUUUUAUCACUCCACUGAACGAGACGUAGAUCGCCGUCGGGAAGCUAAUACAUAAUUGUAGUACACACCCGUGUAGGUUAUAUACCUGCAAACAAGUGAAGAGUAGCAGGUGCGCACGGAUCACGAAGAAUGCAGUGAAGACGUAAACAGAUUUUGUUGCUGCAUACCCACAUGGACUAAAAGCGCUGUCACAGCCUUUGCCGCAUUAUCAAACCACAAUAAACGGAAACGCGGCAAGCGAGCGCGCAACAUAUAGACUUAUACAGAAACUGUAACACUUAAUCCCUACCGGCAAGAUGUCGCUCAGUACCAGUGCAAAUCUUGUGAAAUAUCUACUAUUUCUAUUCAAUUUCUUUUUUGUGAUAACCGGCAUCACGAUUAUGGCUAUAGGCCUAACCGUUCAAGGUGCAUAUCACAACUUCGCGGAAAUCUUGGAUCCACAGUUUUUCAGCGUCCCUACAUUUCUGGUCGUGAUCGGAUGCUUCAUUUUUAUAAUCGCUUUCUUCGGUUGCUGUGGAGCGUACAAGGAAAACUACUGCAUGACACUUACGUUUUCGGUUCUAUUGGUACUGAUCUUUAUUUUGGAGCUGGCCGCCGGUAUCAGUGGGUACGUACUGAGAAACGACACUUAUAAUCUAGUGUCGACUACAUUGCGCAGUUCGAUGGAACACUACGGAGGUAAUACUAGUCAAGAAAUCACCUACAUUUGGGAUGAAAUUCAGGUUGACUUUGACUGUUGCGGAGUAGAUAAAUCAGACGAUUGGGUUAAAAGCAAUGAUCAGCUAUUCAAUUCUACAUUCCUUCCCAUAACCUGCUGCAAAACGUCCGUUGGAAGCAUCGGUGUCGUGCAUUGUCCAGAUGAACAACACCCGGAGCGCCUGCGGAAGACCGGAUGUAUCAAAUCCUUUGGUAACUACAUACGGUCGCACGCGGUUAGCUUGGGAGCUGCUGGAAUCGCAAUCGCUGUAAUACAGUUUUUCGGAAUCUUUUUCGCGUGCUAUCUAUCGAAACAGAUAAAAAUGCAACACGGCCAUACAGGGUUCUAAUUUAUUUUUGUGAUACCCGUGCUAUUUAGAACAAUCUCCUGUCCACAAAAUGAUAUAUGAUAUGUUUCUGAAAUAAUAAAAAAAUAAACAGAUAUGGAUAAAUUGAAUGAAAA